AUGUCAACAACAGACAACAUCAAAAUCACCAUACUAAGGUAUAUACGUGCAUUUUUUAUUCCGGAUACCACGCUACAUUCCCGACAAAAAUGGAUACUAGGGUUGAUUAACCUUGCCGCAGUUGUUAUAUUUUGGGUGCUGUCCAGUUUCCUAGUCAAUGCAGUUGUUGAGGAUGAUACUUAUAGAAAACCAUUUUUCAUCACUUAUAUCAACACAAGCUGCUUCUGUUUCUACGUCAUACCAUAUUUGCGAAUUGAAAAAUUAUCUAUACGAGAAUUUAUUGAUAAGUUUACCCAGGAAUACCAGUAUAGUAAGGUAAAUCAUAAACUGAAACAAGAUUUGAUUGAAGAUUACGGAUCGAGAGAUAACAUAGCAGCAUUGGAAGAGCAAACAUUACGAGUUAUUGAUUCCAACGAAGUGGCUGAAGAAGGAAACGAAGACCAAAAUAUCAAUAUAUUCGAAACAGCAAAGUUAUCUUUACAGUUUAUUGUGUUAUGGUUUUCUGCCAACUUGGUUACUAACGCAUCUUUGUCGUAUACUUCUGUGGCAUCACAAACUAUAUUAUCAUCAACAUCAUCUUUCUUUACUUUACUCAUUGGAUACUUGGUAUCAAUUGAAAAAAUUAACCAGAACAAGAUAUUAGGUAUAUUGUUGAGUUUUGCUGGGGUUUUGAUUGUUACAAAAGCUGAUGCAACUGAGGAUAACCCUAAUACCGAUAAUUCAGCUCUACUUAUACUAUGGGGCAAUAUACUUGCAUUGUUAGGUGCAUUGAUUUAUGGAAUCUACACGAUCUUACUAAAAUUCAAGAUUACCAUACCUCACUCCAAGAAGGAAAAGAAUUUAAACACGCAUUUGUUCUUUGGAUUUGUUGGAAUCUUUUGUUUAAUAUUCUUAUGGCCCAUGGUAGUGAUGUUGAAUUAUUUUGGGAUUGAAAAAUUUGAGCUACCACCCACAUCAAGUGUGGCGACGAUUAUAGUGGCGAAUGCAGUCAUCACUUUUGUGAGUGAUUUCUGUUGGUGUAAUGCUGUAUUAUUAACGAGCCCAUUGACAGUUACAGUGGGAUUGUCGAUGACAAUACCUUUGGCUAUGGUUGGUGAUUGGGUAUUUAAACAAUUCGAAUUAAAUCUUUUGUAUGUAUUUGGGGCCGCGAUUGUCACCACUGGUUUCCUAAUCAUCAAUAAGGAUGAGGAGGAAGAUUUUGUUGAAAGCGAUUGA